CGCAUGACAAAGUAGGGAGAGAGAAGAAAAAAACACAGCAAAAUCUACUUUUCUUCUGAAUACACAACAGUGAUUAUUAUACCCAUACAAAGAGGAAGGUCGCAGCAGAAGCAGCAAAUUGAUUAGUUUUAUUUGGUGGCAUACUUUGGUGUGGUGGAUCGCAUUCGCAGCUAUCCCUAUUAUUGCUCCGUAAUUUUCGUAUUCCGGAACGGUGACGCAUAUUCGGAUGGCUAUCAACCAAAACACAACCGAUUCGUCGUUCCAAAGCUCUGGGAAUGGUGGCAGUAGUUCAGCUACUGCCUUGCGUGUGCUGCUUGAGCAAUUGCUGCUCCAAAGCGUCAACAAUGGUGAUGCAAACUUUCUCACCGAGGUCGAAUAUCAGAAAAUUUGCGAAUACAUCGUGGUCCUGCUCGUGGGCGAUCAAAUCGAUGCGACGACCAAGCAAGAAAUUCGCAGCCUUCGUUCGCUAGCCGACAAAAUUACCAAGCAAUUCCAGCAGCUGAUUGAGCGGAAGGCGUUCCGCGAACUGGUGAAAGAUUGCCUCGAAAAGAUGUACACGGCCGAUGCACUGUCGGUGAAAAAACUCCCCUCGCCGUUUGCCACGAUCAUGCUGGCGCUCAUGGAUCCCCAGCAGGGCGUUGCGUGGAUUCUUUCCAAGAACAUGAUCGACGAACAUAUCAGAAAAAUUCUCACCGUUUUCAUUGACUGGCUGUGUAAGAUAAAUUUUGCACCAAAUUUGAAUGUGUGGAUCAUACAAAUGGUGGAAGGGUUGAUGGCAAAGGGCCGAACCAAUUGCAUUUUAAGUGUGCGGAAGGAUAAGCUGAAGCAAUGCAAGGAAGUGAUGCAGCUUCCGCUCUAUCAGCAGCAGGUCGGGCCAGUGAUCAAUUGUUUGGAAGCUUGCGGAGACUUGCAACUGGAUAAUAGUCGUUUAAGUUACUCCUGCACCGAGCGUUACGAUAACGCUUUGGACGCUGACAAUAGUUUGACCCGUUCGAAUGCCCGUGUAGGAUUGGUUAAUUUGGGUAAUACUUGCUACAUGAACAGCGUGGUGCAAGCUUUGGCGAUGACCAAACAAUUUUGCACGGAAGUUUUGCUGAAGCAAAUCGACGCACCGCCAUUCUCCGAAAUUCAACAGCUGCUGGCUCUUUUGAUUCAUUCGCGACGGCCUGAACUGACCCCGCGUGCGGUACUCGCCUCGACUAGACCACCCGGUUUCGCGCCAGGCUAUCAGCAGGAUUCUUCCGAGUUCCUAAGCUAUUUGCUUGAUCGAUUGCAUGAGCAGGAGAAAAAGAUUUUACAUGGCAACGUUACUCAGCAGCAUAACACUUCGGCGCUGAUUUCACCGAACGGCAGCGGAACAAUCGCCACCAACAGCACCAAAACGCUGGUGCAGAAAACCUUCGAAGGACAGCUGUCCGUUGGCUGUUUGUGUACGGUUUGCAACAGCACGAACCACACUACCGAGACGUUCCGUUCGCUCGAUUUGUCCUUUCCGGAGGAUAGUGAUCUGUCGGCCGCCGGUGAUGGUACGCAUUCCGUACAGAAACUGCUCGACUAUUUCUGCUCUUCCGAGAAGCUGGUGGGCGAGAACCAGUACUUCUGCGAUCGCUGCCGGCAGCUGCGCGACUGCGAACGUUCCGUGACCGUUGCCGUACCGCCUCAAAACCUUAUUCUGACGAUCAAGCACUUCCGGUACGACCAGAGCCGCAACUUGCGGGCGAAGCUGAUGAACAAAAUUCUGCACAACGAGGACAUUUCGCUUACCAUCACGGAUGAGGCAGGCCACUGUCGCCAGCUGCACUAUCGCAACUACGCGGUUGUAGUGCACUACGGUACGAGCAUGGACUCGGGCCACUAUUACACUUACGCACAGGAUGGUACGGGAACGUGGUUCAAGUUUAACGACAACUAUGUAACGGAAUGCACCACUAGCGAGCUGCAAAACAUACCGAGCCCCAACACGCCGUACAUUUUGUUCUACCAACUGGUCACGAACAACGGGUCAGAAGCACCGGAAGCCGCUGCAAGCAGUGCGGACCAGCCAUCGUAUGGCGAAAUCAGCGGUGGAAUGAACGAAAGCUUUCCCGCACUGAACGAAUUGCCCAUUCGGCUGCAGGAGUUUGUGCGCGAUGACAAUCUCCUGUACCACCGGGAAGUGCAGGAGCAGCGGGACAAAAAAGCCUCCAAGCUACCGCUGCUAUCGUUUGGCGGAAGUGGAGGCAAUCGACGCCAGUCGGACGAUUACGACGAUCCUCCACCAAGCUCGUGCGGCAGCAAAUGGCUCCAGUCGUCGAAUAAUUUUAUCUUUUAAAAGCCCUAACAGCGUUGCGUUUUGCGAAGAUGUACGAUCUUUGGUCCAUGCUCUUACACCUUCCAUUAUUUCCUAUUAUUUGACAAUUGUAAUGGCUGACAUGGAACAUGCGAUGGAUCAUUAGCAGUCGUUACUCAAUUAAAAAAAAAACUUUGAAACGGUGUUGAA